UUCGUAGUAAGAUCAGCGUCCUCCCCUUUCCAGAACAAGCUUUGACGGACCACAGGCGAAUAUACCGUAUCGAAGUGUGUUUACUUGACAAAUCGGCGCUUUAAUCGAUCGCAUUUGUGCGUGUUUAAUUUCACACAAAGUCUGAGCGGUGCACGUAGCGCUUUGGGAGCUUUUGUCAAAGUAUCUGAGGAGAAAUGUCAAUGGAAAUACAGCAGAAUCCGAUGCCUCCAUAGAGCUGUCUCUCUGCCAGGAACUGGUCCUCUGGUGAGUAGCUGAUUCAGACAAACACAGUGGACACCUUUGGAAGUCUAGCGAUGUGGAGCUGCAUGGUUUACAAUGAGACAGACGACAGCGUGGACCUCCGGCUCUGCCAGGACUUUGGACUCAUCCUGUCAGUCUUCUCUCUGGUGUACCUCAUCGUCUGCUUUCCAGUGGGGCUUUGCUACAAUGCCUUGCUGGUGGUGGUCAACCUUUCCAACAAGGUCACCAUGACUAUGCCCGAUGUCUACUUUGUAAACAUAGCCAUCGCUGGCCUGGUGCUCAACCUGGUGGCUCCGAUGGAGCUGCUGGGUCCCAGUUUUACACGCUGGCCCAUGUGGGAGUACAACAACGAGAUCUACAUCACCCUCCUGAUCCUCUUUAACAUUUCUUCCCUGGUCAUCAUGUACUCAACCACCUUACUCAGUCUGGACUACUACAUUGAGCGGGUUCUUCCACGCACCUACAUGUCCAGCGUUUACAACACCAAGCACGUCUGCGGCUUCAUUUGGGGCGGUGCUGUGCUCACCAGCUUCUCUUCGCUGCUGUUCUACGUGUGCAACCACGUCUCCACCAAGAUUGUUGAGUGCACCAAGAUGCAGAACAAGGAAGCGGCCGAUGCAAUCAUGAUGUUUAUCGGGUACGUAGUGCCGGCGGUGGCCGUGCUUUAUGCGUUCGUGCGAAUCCUCCGCAUCAGGAAGGAAUCCACCCCUUUGGACCAGGACUCUGGGCGGCUCGAUCCCUCAAUCCACAGGUUGCUGCUGGCCUCCGUGUGCAUGCAGUUUCUGCUGUGGACUCCGUAUUACAUGACCUUACUGGUACACACGGUGGCCGAGGCUCCUGCGAGCCAUUCAAACAGGCACCACAAAAUCACGUACUUCUUUCUGAGACGUUUAGCCGAACUGCUUGCGUUCUGUAGCAGCUUUGCUAUUCCCCUCAUGUACAGGCAAAUGAACAAGAACUUCUCCCAUAAACUCCAGCGGCUUCUAAAGAGGCUGCAUUGCGGGGACCAGUCGUGUCCCCACGAACGGUCUGCAGUCCAGCAGGUGGUCACAUGAGAGCUCAUGUCCAAUCUCUCUCAAUGGCACUUACUCCGAAAGCCACCGAAGUCGAGCCAGCUUAUGAACCUGGAAAUAUUGUGUCCUGAAAGGAAGUAUUUUGCUCACCACAAGGAGUGGAAUGUGUCUCUGUGAAAACGUGGAACCUCUGUAACACUUAACGACUUAACUUCAUUCGUCCAUCUCUGCAGUGAAUGGGCGACCAAGAAGAAACCACUAAGUGCUGUUUUUGUGUAAGCUAUGUCGGUUCUUUGGAACUUGAGUUCCUGGGGAAACGUCAGCCCAUCUAUUGUCCGUUUUGGUGGACGAGGGAAAGUUGAACUCGUAUGUAAUCUGUUACAGGAUACGCUGCAGAGCCUUUUAAUGUGAUGCUUUCAGACCAAUCCGUUCCCUUUUAGCUCAAGACCAUAUUUCGCUCCAGGCAUUCUCUGCUGUGAUCCACAGCUUUAUAAGCUCUUCGUUCCGGGUUGAGUUUUCUGGUCACACUUUCCAUAAAAGCUUACUGGUAGAUGCUAGUAAACACAAUAUAAUUACCUCAAUUUCACACACCAACGGGCAUUACAUUGGAUCGGUCUAAACAACUUUUAUAACACCCAGAAAUACCCAGUGAAACUGAUGUCAGGGUGCGGGGAAGGUGUGAGUUUGUUUUUGUUUGUGGGUAUGUUUCUGAGUGCUUGCUGCUAAGGUGAUCAUAAUUGCACAGCUGCUCAGCCAUUUUGUUCCCAUCGUUUUAAGAUAAAGAAAGAAAGAAAUCAGCAUAGCUAACUGAGAAGAAGCUUAACAAAAUAUCCAGGUUUUAGGUCAGCUAGUUAGAGUUUUAAUCUAUGUCCUUCGUUUGCUACUUUAAUUAUUUUGUGUGCACCAUGAGAAAGUUAUUUGCUCAAAUGUUUGAGGAUCCAGUUGUCCAGUUAAUCAUUAUUUGGAUAGCGAACAAAGUUCUGUUGAUAUAGUUCUAAAGUUCUAUUGAAACAUAUUUGAAAGCAAACAAGAGAGUUGAUUGGCAGUGACGGCUUUUUGAGAGGAGAUUAAAAUGUAAAACCAUUACAAUUUGUGCUGUAUUGAACAUUAUUAAUAAUUUGUCAAAAUAUUAAAGAAACAAAAGAAACCUUUAUUGAGAUUAGUUUGCAUGAAAGGUUUUAUUGUAUGCAUAUAUAGAGCGAUAUGCAUAAAUGCUCCCAAUGUGGGAGAAUAUCUUUUCCAGGAAAUAAUUCUCAGAGCGAGGAUAAGGAAUAGCACCGUUUAAGCUAGUAAAUGGCAUGUCAUUAUCAAAAUGUCUUUUAUUUUCUUGGCGCUAAGCCGGUUGAUGCAAAAUUAGUAUUUUGGAAAGAAAGCACUGUAUGUGAGCAAGGGGGUCCACUCAUGUGAGCAAGGGAAAGAAUGUAUUUCAAGUCAUGAAGGGGAUUAAAAACGAUUAACCCUCAAUCAUAAAUGUGGAAACGGCAAUCGCAAUGUUACGGCUGUAAUUAGCAUGCUAAUGCCAGUAUGUAUAAUAAUAAAAAUAUGUAUAUAUUGUACUGCAGAGAUUUACUGGAAGAAAACAGACAUGCCAUUUUAGAUUACAGUAUUAUUUUCACAGAGAUUUAUUUAGAUACUAAAGUGUCUGUCAUCCUUUGUCCCAUACUGAGUCAAAGACUUGUUCAAUAAACUAACAUAAAUAUAAA